GAGAGAGAGAAUAAAAUGGUGAGUGUUGUGGCUCCUAGAGUUGAGAGCUUGUCGAGCAGCGGCAUUCAGUCGAUCCCGAGGGAGUACGUGAGGCCGCAGGAGGAGCUCGCGAGCAUCGGCGACGUCUUCGAGGAGGAGAAGAAGCACGAGGGCCCUCAGGUCCCGACCAUCGACCUCAAGGACAUAGAGUCCGAAGACCCCUUGGUGCGGGAGAGAUGCCACGAGGAGCUCAGGAAGGCCGCCACCGACUGGGGCGUCAUGCACCUCGUCAACCACAGCAUCCCCGACGACCUGACGGAGCGCGUCAAGAAGGCCGGGGAGGAGUUCUUCAACCUCCCGGUCGAGGAGAAGGAGAAGUACGCCAACGACCAGGGCUCCGGGAAGAUCCAGGGCUACGGGAGUAAGCUUGCCAACAACGCCAGCGGGCAGCUCGAGUGGGAGGACUACUUCUUCCACCUCGUUUUCCCUGAGGACAAGCGCGACAUGUCCAUCUGGCCCAAGACCCCAAGCGAUUACACAGUUGCGACGAAGGAGUAUGCCAAGCUGCUGAGACAGCUCGCGACCAAAAUCCUAUCGGCGCUCUCGAUCAGUCUAGGACUCGAGGAAGGAAGGUUGGAGAAGGAAGUCGGCGGGCUAGAGGAAAUGCUGCUCCAGAUGAAGAUCAACUACUACCCGAAAUGCCCCCAGCCGGAGCUAGCCCUAGGAGUCGAGGCUCACACGGACGUGAGCGCUCUGACUUUCAUCCUCCACAACAUGGUCCCCGGUCUCCAGCUCUUCUACGAGGGCAAGUGGGUCACGGCCAAAUGCGUCCCCAACUCCAUCAUCAUGCACAUUGGGGACACCAUCGAGAUCCUGAGCAAUGGCAAGUACAAGAGCAUCCUCCACCGCGGCCUGGUCAACAAGGAGAAGGUCCGGAUCUCGUGGGCGGUCUUCUGCGAGCCCCCGAAGGAGAAGAUCAUCCUCAAGCCGCUGCCUGAGCUGGUGACCGAGGCGGAGCCCGCGCUGUUCCCGCCGCGCACCUUCGCGCAGCACAUCCAGCACAAGCUCUUCAGGAAGAGCCAGGACGCGUCGAAAUGAUCGGCAUCUGUUCGUCUCGUAUUGAGUUGGCUACACUAGCUAAAAAAGAAAAAAGAAAAAGACAAACUUCUCCUAAGGCGUUUGUCUGUUGAUUUAUCAUGUGCCGUGUCAUAAAUGCUCAUCUGGUCUUGUGACCAGAUUUCUGUUAAAUAAGAUUCAUGUUUUCUCA